AAAAUGGAUAAGACGGACGGCCGUGAUGCUCUGCCAUGCUCAGCUUCCCCGUUUAGACAUGUUGGUGUGAAUAAUCCGUUUUAUCUUUCCUUUUUGAAACUGUGAUUUAUUUAUACUUUGCUUUGCCGCGGGGAAGCCCUCUUUGUUUUGAGCAGAUGGAAUAUUGCUAAUUGUUGAUUUGGAACAAAGGAGGAGCAGUCCUUGCGCUUUGUGUUGCGUGGAUGGAGCAUGCGAGUGAAUGGCAUUGCCUUUUCCAACUGCGGGAAUUGCAACGGUUCGAGUCCCACGAAGAGCCACACCCGCAAUCCAUACCCUUCUGAAGAAGAAAUCUAGUUAUAACAGGAAUAUUAGCAUCAGGAAGUGUUCCACGAGGCGUGGCGGAUGGAGAGGCGUGGGCAGAUGCGGGACUAGUGAGUGGAGCGAGGGAAAUGCCAUGCUGGAGGAGGAGGUGUUUCAGUUUAUGGAGGUGUCGGAGAAGCCAAAUCAUUUUCCCACGAAGCAGGAGCUUCUCGACGCCGGCCGUUCCGAUUUGGUUUCCAAGAUUUUGACGCAAGGCGGCUGGCUGGCCGCUGGCUGGGACCAUCAUGAUGCCGAAACCCUCCAUGCCAGCAGCGAUUACGGCGCUGCCGAUGAACAGGACGACUAUAAUGGAGAUGCCCUUCCGGCGCUAGAUAGCGCUUCUAUCAUAGAUGUGAGUGCAGAGGAUGUGUCUAAUAAGCCUGAGAAAAAUACAAGUGAGGGAAGUGGCAUUGCUGCGAUCCUCAAUGGGCUGGAGAGGGAAAGAACACUUUUUUACAGCGAAGCAUCAGAAGCAAAAAAGGGGAACAGACACCAGCAAUUCAGUGAGGACAAAGAAUAUGGGAAUGCUCUCCAGUCGAGGCAGCCUUUGUCAGUAAAUGGCAAAAGGAGAGCUGAUGAUAGAAAUCUUAAUAUAAAAGAAGGUCAAGACAUUUUCCACGAUCAUGGUAGAGAAACUGCUGAGGCAGGCUACAAGAAUAAAGAAAUUGACUCAGGAAAAAAAAUUGUUGAGCCGGAAAGAUGGGAUAUUCCAAGUAUGCGACAGAUGGAAGAAUUAGAAAGUGAAACUAAAGGUAUGCCAGGUGUCUCAGGGACAUUCUGGCAAAGGCAAAGAAGAGUGGGCAAACAUAUCUCAUCUCAGACAAUGCAUGUAGAUGAGAGUAGGAGGGUGGUUGUAGAUAAAAUUGAUGAAAUCAUUGAAAAGGGACAGGAAUGGAUGUGGAAUGUUAAAAGAAGUUCUAGUGGCCAGUCUCAGCGAAUAUAUCCUAGUGGUGUUCCAAACACUAUAAUGUCACGUAUUCAGAAGCUUGAAUCUCAGCUUGUUUCUACACUUGGAUCUCUGAAAUCCGGAAAAGAUGUUAUGGAGUUAAAGAAGAAUGAUGAUAAGAGUGCUUUAGAAGAGCUUGAGAAAGCUUCAGAUGCUUUAGAAUUCCGGGAAACAGAAAUCAUGAAGAUGAGAGCUAAGCUUCGUACCACCCGUGCCAAGUUAACUGCCUUGGAAGGAACAAUGGCCAUGGAAAUUAUGGAGGUUCGCAAGUUGAUUGAAGAAAAACAAAAAAAAGUGGAUGCAGCCCAGAAGGUGCUAAGCCUUCUGCGAACUGCUUAUAUCGUCUGGCCGAAUUCGGCUUCUGAGGUGUUCUUGGCAGGUUCAUUUGAUGGGUGGACAAGUCAGAGAAGAAUGGGGAAGUCAAAUGCAGGUGUUUUUGUCCUAUCCAUGCACCUAUACCCUGGUCGAUAUGAGAUUAAGUUCAUUGUAGAUGGUAUCUGGAGGGUGGAUCCACAGCGACCUGUUGUUUAUAACAAUGGGUUUGAAAACAAUUUACUAGUUAUCUAUUGAGCUUAUUGAUGUACAGUAGAAUAUUUUUAUAAAUGCAGUUCUGAAAUAACUUGUCAUUUUUUCAGCAAGCUUGGAAGUUGGCAGUGGCACCAUUGUAGAGUAUAUGGUGACAUUAUACCUGCAAAUUCCUUGUAUUGUGAAUGUCGGCUAUUGUUGUUUUGCAUAUCAGCAAAAUGUUCCAAUAUCAAUUAAGGAAUUCUUUAUGAUUUUUGACAAGAAGGCAUGGGCAUUUAACUUA